AGCGAAAAUAUUGUAUUACCGAAAUCAUAUACCGCUCUAUCCGGGAAGUAUAUGAAAGCAAAUAAAAUCCAUUUACGAUCACUGCAAAUGUCAACAGAAAUGUGCCCAAAGUAAACUGUCAGAAACAUCAAGGAGGUCCUUGAAGACAUGCCUGAGUGAUCUUCAGGACAAAAGCCAUCCUCCUUUUGAAAUCACCCAGAAACUUUAUUAUUAUAUCUGCGGAACACACUGCGAAAUCAUCAUGUGGAGAAUGGCAUGGGUUAAUUGUUGCCAAAGAAAUGCUAUUAUAUUGCUCUCCAACUUGAACUUGGCAUGAAGUCUAUCAGAUUCCAUCAUGUUGAGAAUGUUGUGCCCCGGGUGUUGUGCUUUGAUAAUUCACAGACAGCUUUGACGCUAUAUACAUUAUCAGAAGUCUCGUCAAAAGUAAGGUAUAUGAUCUCUCGCCGUGACAGGAGAGAAGAGACCGCGGGUAGAACAAUGCUAUAACCAUGGGUAAAUGAUUUAUGACAAUGAUGAUUCCCUAUUAUUUUAUGCUGCUAUAUUAAGAUGAUUCGGGAAUCUAGACCCGCAGAUUUGUGAGCAUGUAUACUCUUCGAUACUUGAACUAGCUCAUGAUUGCAUGCGGAUAUAAUAUUUCAUGUCUAUGAUUCGUGACCGAGAAUUUGGAAAGGCUUAUGAUAUAUACGGAACCAGGAUGAAAUAUAUAUCUAAGUUCAUAUGGUUAUCAACUUGAAAACAGUAUGAGAAGUCGGACCUUGCAUGCAGCUGCUACAUGAGAGCAAAUUAUUGCUCGAAGAAAUUUGUUCGAAAAGACUUAAUUCAGGUCAUCAUCGAUAUUUCUCUGACCUAACGUUGUACACCACUCUCGUUUUACAGUUUUUUCUUGGAGAUCAGAGGUUUUUAAUGAUUAAAAUGAAUAGCUACAACACUUAGCAUUGUGUACUCCGCCGGGUCCUCCGUGUGGCGGGGAAAACCGCUUGUCGUCUGCUAUCAAAAUAUAUGACUUUCUGAAUAUGAAAGAUGGAGAAGAAAUGUCUGACGAUGUUCCACACGUGUGAGUUAGGACGACAAGUUAGUGCCUCUGCUGGAGACUCGAGGCCAAAUAAAAGGGACCGAACGCAAAGAUGUAACGAAUGUGAUACGAUGUCAAAGAAAAUCAUGUCAGAAAAGGAGAUACAAGAAUCAAUGGUCGUCUUAAAAGACAGAUUAAGAAUCAUGCAGAUCAUGGUAGAUGAUUGCGCCGACAUGUUCGAACAGAAGAAAAUCAAGAAAUGGAAGGCCGCUCGUCGGCGAUCACGGGACUCCCAACACUACGAGUUGGACUGGAAUAUCAUCGGAUGUGUUCUCAUUAUUGUCUUCUGCUACCUACUCCGUUCCCUCAUCGCCCUCAUCCGGGGUCCUGAAGUUCUGGAACCGUGCUUGGAGCCCGAAGAACCGGACAUUGACUUCACGUCCUCUGAGCUGAGAUGAAUGAGCAUCAAAUUAUCUUGAAAUUUGAAAUCAGUUUUAUAACUGCAAUUUAUCCGCGGUCCUAAAGUUCUGCAACCGUGCUUUGAGCCCGAAGAGUAAAAUAUUGAACCAGUCAAUUGAGAUGAGUCAUAUAACGCGUUUUAAGACAUUUUUUUCACCUUUAAUGUUUAUCUUUGGUCAUCUUUGAACAGAUUAGCUUAUACAUGUAUUUAUAUCAAGGGGGUUGUGUCAUGACUCCUUUUUUCUCUCUCUCUUCCGGAUGAUUCAUGAUAUCCGUCUUGGUGUUCGACAGCGUUGAUUUUUUUAACCACUUAGAAUAAGACAUGAAUCAAAUAAUUACCACUGAUCAGCAACGACCACUUAACGUUUUUAAAAGUUGGGGUUGAACAUACAACGAAAUCAAAAUCGGGUGGUCAUUUUUAUGUUUUUUGUACUUGUUAAUUAAAAAGAGGGAUUUUUGCUAUAUUGCCCUACUUUUGUUUGGUAUAUGAAAUGAUGGAAGCCCUUUUCCAAUAUAUUAGGAAAUAAACUAUGUUGAGUUACACUGUAAAAAUUGUGGUGUUAAAACUGACACCAGUUGGUGUUAAUAGAGGACCACACCCUGAUGUGUUAAAA